UUUUUGGAUGGAAACGUUUUAAAUGAGACACUUUUUAAAUGAGCUUUUAUAGCAACUUUACGAUAGACCGUGACUACCCUUGCUGAUAUUUGUAUUCGAAGGAAACGCUGUAGCGACGUCGCUGAUUCAUUCGUCCAACAAGGUCACAGGUCUCAGUGGAUGUGGUGAAAGCUAAGUAGCACUUUAGCCAAGUGCUACACAUGUGAUUACCUAACAGAAAGGUCAACACCGAUAACAUGGCUGGACUUAUCGACUUUAAAGACGAGAAGGAAGUGAAGGAGUUUCUGGACAAUCUGGGAAUAGAGUACAGCUUCCAGUGCCACAGUGAGAAGGAUCCUGAAGGUUGCCAGAGACUUGCAGAUUAUUUGGAAGGAGUGAAGAGAAACUAUGAAGCUACAGCUCAGGUGCUCAAACGUAACUGUGAAACACAUGGAUAUGGAGAGAGCUGCUACAAACUUGGGGCUUAUCACAUCACUGGCAAAGGUGGAGUGAGCAAGUGUCUGAAAACAGCCUACUCAUACUUUAUGCGCUCCUGCCAGGCUGGAGGAAAGAAGUCUAUGGAUGCCUGUCAUAACGUUGGCCUGUUAGCCCAUGAUGGACAAGCUAUGGAAGGAGGUCCUGACAUCACGGCAGCGCGGCAGUAUUAUGAGAAAGCCUGUGCCGGUGGCUUCGCUCCUUCCUGCUUUAACCUCAGUACUAUGUUCAUUGCGGGCAAUUCCAAAGAUAUGACACAGGCUUUGAAGUACGCCAACAGAGCUUGUGAGCUGGGACACGUGUGGGGUUGUGCCAAUGCAAGUCGCAUGUACAAACUGGGCGAUGGUACAGAGAAGGAUGAGAAGAAAGCAGAGGAGCUGAAAAAUCGAGCAAAGGAGCUGCAUGGUUUAGAAAAAGAACGGCAGCUGAAAUUUGGGGAAUGAAUUUGACACUUCAUUUUGUCAUUGUUUUGGUAUUCAGUCAAAGUAAAUAGUAAAAGUUUACUUUUUGAGUUCAAUCAUACCUAUGAAAGAAAUGUAAAAAGUAAUAAACUGAUUUUAAUUCAGAUUUUUAGCAGUUUGUCAUUAAUUACAGUAUUGUGAAUGUAAUUUUUUUUUAGACGGACCUAAAAAUCAACCAAAAAAAGAUGAAUUCUAGAUCUGGUCUCACUGGAUAUUUUUGAAUGGACUGAAUCACACAAAUGACAAUUUCAUGCUGUAUAUUUUGAUAUUUUAUGAUUAUUAUAUAAUUUUACUAUAAUUAGUCUGUCUGCUGUCUUAGCCAGAUUUUUGGCUAAAGGUCCAAUGUGAAAAUUAAGUGUUGAAUUUUAAUAAAUGGCCCAAGAUGGUGACCUCAAAGCAA